AUGAAAGAAAAGCGUGCAAAGAAAAAGAAACAUCGCAAGAAGGAUAACAAGAAAGAAAAGUAUUCAGACUCUUCAAGCAGUUCGCCAGAAACGGAUGAAUGGGUAGAAAAGAAAAACAAAGUUACUAAAACUGACACAGACCGAGAUGAAUGGAUGGCAAUGACUGGGGAUCCCAGGAGCAAAAGUGGCAAGAGGAAAGCUGAAACAUAUAAUUCUAAUAACAGGGUUAAGUACUUUGCAAAUGAUGAUAAGUAUAAUUUGUCACAAAUGUUUGAACAAGAAAAGUAUGGUACAAACUAUGACCAAGAUGCAGAAUUAGCAGCAAUUGCGGCAAAGCAUAAAAAUCCAAAUGAUGAACUUGAAGAUAUCUUUGUAGAUGAAAUAUCUAAGAAUAAAAAUUUGGAUAAAGAAAGUGAAAGGGAAAAGCAGUAUGCAAUCAAUCAGAGCAUGAAACUAGAAAUGUCUUUAGAUGGUUGUGAAUAUUGUAUUGAUUCUAAAAAUAUGUUGAAACAUCUUAUAGUGAGCUAUGGUAAUAAAGUUUACAUGGCACUACCAGCAAAGAAGUCUCUUGUUCAAGGACAUUGUGUCAUAACAACACUUCAACAUUCUACAUGUGUUACCUCCUUGGAUGAAGAUGUUUGGGAAGAAAUAUUGAACUAUCGUAAGAUUAUCACACAAUUUUUCAAUACACAAAAUAAAGAUGUAGUAUUUUAUGAAACUGCUACAAAGUUGCACAGAUACCCUCACAUGGUAAUUAACUGCGUACCAUUACCAAGAGAUGUUGGUGACAUGGCAUCCAUUUACUUCAAAAAAGCACUUCUUGAAUGUGAAGCUGAAUGGUCUAUGAAUAAAAAAGUUGUUGACUUGAGUGGUAAAAAUAUCAGAAAAGGUGUUCCAAAAGGUUUGCCAUACUUUUGGAUUGAUUUUGGAAUGGAUCCAGGUUUUGCACAUGUCAUAGAAGACCAACAAUUAUUUCCAAAAACAUUUGCAGAGGAAAUUAUUGCUGGAAUAUUAGAUUUAAAUCACACCCUAUGGAAAAACCCACAAAGAGAAUAUGGAGAUGUGCAGAGAAAAAAGGUUUUGGAAUUCAUGAAAGAAUGGAAGCCUUUUGAAGAAGUUAUGAAGAAUAAAGCA